AUGACAACGGAAGACCCAUUAACAAAACAUGACUUUGCUCCAUUACUGAAUAAGGUUAUAAAUAAUAGACUUACCAAAACCACAAUUCAAAAUGGGUUUAGAACAACUGGAUUAUAUCCAUGGGAUUCUAGAGCAAUCGAUUAUUCUAAAUGUUUGAAGAAAGAUGCUCCCGAUGAGACAGAGAUUGGCCCUGAAGAUGAACCAGCAAGUUCAGAAAAAGUAGAAACUUAUAAAAACUGUGAAAAUGGACAUGUAUAUUUAGAGAAUUUAAUAGGACAAACAUUGCUCGAUAAAUUUAAAACUAAUAUUGAUGAUAAUUGGAAAGGGGAGAUAGAAAAUAAAAAUUUGUAUGAGAUUUGGCGAAAAAGUAUGAAAAAAACUAAUGAAUAUACAAGUAAUUUUGUCACUCCUACAAAAAGUUUAAAUGCAGUUGAUAUAACAACAAUUGCACUUGAUGGUAGUUAUGUACAUGAUCCUUGUACUUCCACAGCCAGCUAUUCUCAGCAAAAUAUUGUUAUUGGGUCCGAAGAAAAAAGGCAAGAAACACUGGCAAAAAAAAUAUCACCGAAGACUGCAGGUAAAGGUGUACCAUCACCAUUUAAAAGAAACUUACUUUGGCCAAAAUCACCAAAAAAAACCACAGUAACAAGGCGCAGAUUGCGGAUACCAGCUGUUGUCACAUCAGGACAAUAUGACAAAUAUGAAGAAGAAAAGGAAGCCAAAAAACAGGCAAUUGAAGUACUGAAAUCUGAAAGAAAAAGGAAACGAGAAGAAAAGAAAAACGCUAGUAACAAAAAGGUAUGUAACAAAAAACAAUUAGCAGAAGAUGAAGAUGAAGACUGGACAUGUUCCGAAUGUAGAAGUCGAUACAACUCGGAGGUAAUAAGAGGUUUGAUGAGAGAGUGGGUAGAAUGUGACGGUUGUGCCAAACAAUUUCAUAUUGACUGUUUGCCAACAAAUCAUAAAAAAGAAUUUGGUUUAAAUAAUAUUAAUGGUAGAAAUGUUGAAUUUUUAUGCCAUUAUUGUGUUACGGAAGAUAAUAAUUGCUCGAGUGAUGAUGAAUUUAAUGAAAACUCAGAUGAAGAAGACUAA